AUGAGGGUAAGGACAGGUCUGCCGCCUACAGCAGCCAUCUGUCUACCAGGUGGACAGAGGAGCGGUCACUCUGCUGUAAAUGGAGACGAGGCUAGAGUUGGAUGUUUUGAUUUACCCGGACGAAGUGAGGUCCGUUACGCCGGAGGACCUCAGAGACUGGGAGUUGGAGACAGCGAGCCAGAUAUCAUUACCCACCGUCAGACUCUUUGUGGCUCUCUACCCGUACAACCCGGCCGCAAUGUCGCCCAACUACGAGACGGCUGCAGAGGAGCUUCCCUUUGUGCCAGGCCAGAUUAUCAAGGUGGUUGGGGACAAAGACCACGACGGUUUCUAUCACGGCGAGUCCGGUGGUCUCUCUGGUUAUGUGCCAAGUAACAUGGUGGCUGAAAUCCCAGUGGAUGAUGAGUACCUGAAGCACCUCCUCAUGCAGCAGGGAUUCCUCCCCGUCGACCACGCAGGUACGUCUUUAACGCCCGACCUGAGCGAAGCAGCCAGCAUCCCCGACGACGUGAUUGUUCGACGAAUGGUGGCCUUGUUCGACUACGACCCGUGGGAGAGCUCACCCAACAUGGACAGUGAACUCGAACUCGGCUUCCGAUCAGGGGACAUCAUCUAUGUGCUGGGUGACAUGGACCAAGACGGGUUUUACUAUGGAGAUCUGCACGGACGACGGGGUUUGGUGCCGUCGAACUUCCUGCAGCCGUUGCCCUGGGAGUAGAAGAAAACGCUACGACGUUUGUUUCAAAUGCCAAGACUCGGUCAGACUGAGAAGCAGUUUUUAUAAAAAAUAUAUUUAAAAAUGACAUCAUACGUGUCAAAAGAAAAACAUUUUUUAUUUUUAUAUUAAAGUAUGGCGUCUUCUUUAGAUUGCACUGAAUAAACGAGUAAUGAUAGAUGAAGGGAGCUCUCAGUUUAUCAGAUAUUUCCUUUAUUGAAAGAAUGAAACAGAAAUUACACUUUUAUGUAAAAACUUUUAUGUAAAAACAAAAAGACAGAAAAGAAGAGAUCGUAUUUAUAUUAAAGUCAAAUGUAUUCAUGCACACAAAACAGCAGGACACUUCACAAAAUUAAACAUCUGCUUGAAAUGGAUUUAUUAUCGUAGCCUUAAUCAUACAUUUUUAUUUUAAGAGUGUUGCAGACCAGAGCGGAUUAACAUAGUACGUCCAUUUUUUGCCUUACAUCCUGUUUAUAUGUUUUUUUUUUUAAAACUGUUGUUUCAUAUGUAGCAAUGAGAAAUACUCGCUUAAGUCCCUGCAGCUUUUUUUUUUUUUUGUCAGAAA